CAGUCACUAAAUAUGGCGAGGAUCUGGAAGUCUGGGUAGCGCCGUGAAGAGCGAGCUAGCGACAUGUUCUCCGGACCAUCUCUCUCGGCCAGGCUGGCCAACAUUCAACACAUCCCGGUGUUGAUGGCGGCGACUGUGGCCUCGGACAAACCCAUCGAUCCCUACCUCGUCAAAGACAUCAUCAAAAUGUCGUUUGAAUCGGGGCAGGCACGGGCCUUCCUGCAGCAGUACCUGCUGAACCAGCUAGUCACCUCCCGCAAUGUCUACGUGAAGAUCAAGGUUCUGAAACUGCUGGAGGAGCUGCUGGAGAAAGGACACGUUGAGUUCAAGCAGAACCUCAGAAAACAGCCCGAGCCUCUGAAUGAGGCGUCCAGUAAGGGGAGAAGAUGAACAUGUGCUGUUGAAGUUGUUUUGUUUUUUUAUCUCUCUCUUCUCUCUCCCCCAGGGUUGAGGGCCAUUUAUACUAAGGAUGGUGGAAUAGUGACUGAGUGUGCAAGAAUCAGAGACCUUUCGAAUAAACUGCUGGAGAUGCUGUAUUCUGAUGCUCCAGAGUUGCAGCCGAAGCGAUAUCCUCCACCGGAGUUCAGAUCACCUCAGAGUGAGAAUUCCAGCUCAUCCAGAAUUGAGGGUUUUGGUAACAGCUCAUUUGGAGGCUCAAGAACAGCACCAUCUUCUUCAACCACAGACAAGCUAAAGGCGUUGUUUGGUAGCAGUGGCAACAAGCCGACCUCUAGUCCUCUGGUCUAUGACGAGAGCUACGCCACAAUGGACCCAGUCCCACACAACAUGCAUGCCCCAGCAGCCGGCGGUGGCAGAUAUGGAGGAGGCCUUGUGUCUGGUGCAGGGUACGCUCCCCGCAGGUACCUGGACCACGGAAUGCCCGAAGGAGAACCACACAGGUCAGGAGAGGCAGGGGGAGGGUGGGGAUAUUCUCCCGACCAGCCAUCAUCUUCAGUGCCUCAGCCGCCACCUGUCUUUGAGGAGACAGCUGCUCAACCAGAACAGCAUUAUCCUAGCCUCGCUAUUGCAGAGAGUGAGGAUCGUAACACGGAGCAGGAGAGGCGGUUGGUCGAUGACAUCACUGCUCCAGGAGGGGUUAAAGCAGCUCCUCCGAGGGACACUCUCAGUACCUUCAUCUCAAGGUGUAAGGCACUGGACUCUUUGGCUGUGGUGGAGUUUCUGAGACAGAAACUGCAGGACCAGGACCAGACACAAGUAGUACUGAGGACGCUGUUUGUGGUGGAGGCAAUGCUCAAAUCAGACAUACCGGAGGUCUUCUCUCAGAUGGACCUGAUUCUUCAGGAACUGCACUCUCUCACUACCUCCACCAACACCACCAUCAGGGCCAAGGCCAAAAAAAUCAUGCAACAGUUGGCAGUUGAGGAGGAGACCAGGAAUAUGGCCUCAACUGAAAGGAAUAUUAGCUCCUCUUCUCAGUCUGGGAGUGGUGGUGUGUCUGUUACAGUUGUCAGUGGGGCCAUCUUGGACCUGGGUGAAGGGGGAGAGGAAGGAGGAGGAGGAGAAAGAGAGAGUACAGAUCAGUCUUUACCUCCAGAUAUGGCAGGUCUGUUUGCUGGGAUGUCGGUCUCGAACCAGUCCCCCAACGUUCCCCCCAAUGUUCCCCUCACUGGACCCCCUACUGCCAUGGUCCCCUCAAGACAGAGACACACCUCUCCCCAACAGAAGAGACCUCAGCAUUCGACAGCAGCCGACCAAACGGAGUCUGCCUCUCCAUUCGGUGACCUUCUUGGACUCUCUUCCUCUUCCCCGUCCCAACUAACAUCCACCAUCACUGAGCAGGAUCCCAGACAGACAGAGGAGGAGAGAGAGGGAGAGCCUUCGCUGAUGGUUCUCGAGGACGAGAGAGACGUGAACUUUGACCCUCUCGCUGCUGGGACUGACUUGGUGGGGUCAAAGUCCAACGCUGUCACAGGGAGUGUAUCGCUAGGAAAACCCAGAACUGCCCCGCCCCCCUCAUCGGGAAGUAACGAGGUCAUGUCUGAGUUGUCUGGACUGGACCUCACUGUCAGGUCUCAGACUGAUACCAGGUUCCAGAAUGGAAUCGGGACCAGCAUCCUACAAUCCCACGCACUCGACAGUUCCAGUUUUGUUUCUUCUUCCUCUGUUUCCACAACAACCCUUGGCUCCACCCCCCUCGUCCCGGGUGUGGCACCCUCUCAGAUAGUGGGCGGAGUCUAUGGGAGGGUCCAGAUGCCAGGUCAAGUGCCCUACAUGGGUCCCGGUUCUGUUCCGUAUGGAAUGCAGCCAGGCCAAGCCAUGCCUCCUCAGGCUGGUGGUAUGCAAUUGUACACCAAUCCACAAGGAGCCCCCAUUAUGUAUCUGAAUCAGCCCCGACUGGGAGGAGAUGCCAGGCCGGUACAGAGACCUCUGGUGAUGGCAGCAACGGACUCUCAUGACUCUCAGAGCAGUUUCGAUUUCCUCGGAAAGUCCAGCAAAGGAGCCGCCUUUGAUUUCGUCAAGGAAGAGAUCGAUAUUGCGAAGAAAAAGUGAUCGUGAUCUCGCCUGGUGUUCUUUAGAUCUCUUCCCCCAACUUGCCAUAAUUAUUAUCACAUGAUCACUGAAUAUCGGAUAUGGUGUGUGUAAAGAUAAAAUUGUGAGUGUGAUUUCAGACGUGAGGUUUCAGCAGAGUGGUGACAAUCCACUCCCAGAGUUUCAGAUUUCUAUCUGGAGCCCGCUCCAUGUCCGAGAGAGUGACAUGACCCCCGUUGACAAAGAGACGCUCCUGUUCAGAGUGAAGGCUAGCCCUGAGCUCCCGGUUAGUGGUGACUACAGCAGCUUGGGUUUCAAGAUCACGAGUUAGAGAUCUGUGGCCGUAGUUGCUGGAGCCAAUUAGCGUCAGCGAUGGCAGGGUCUCCCCAGAAAGAUAGUACCACAUUCCCUUUCCGUGGAAGGUCCAACCUUCCCUGAAAUAUUCUGAGUAUUUAACCCUUUCGUGACAGCCGUGGCGGUGAACACUCCUCAUGAACUGCCUGGCGAAAUGAGUGUACAUGACAGGGACGUGGCCAGCUAUACCCCGAGCCCCAAAGAAACCAAAUGCCUGAGGAGAGGCAGCCAGUA